UGAUUGGUCGUUGGAGCACCACGCAGAUGGGUAUGAGCUUAUUUACGCCCUCCACGUAGUUGAACUAUUGUGCUUCCAUAAUCGUUUUCCUCUAAGAACAAGUUUCGUCGCGCGAAAACUGAGAAUGAUCAACUGGAAGGCUCUGGAUAACGUGCCCCUGCUCUUCUACAUACUGGCUGCCAAAACCCUCCUGCUGUGUUUGGCCUUCGCAGCUGUGAAGAUGUACCAAAGUAAGCGAGCAGAAGCUGAGCUGAAGCGGAGGGCAGAGGCACGGAGGAAGCUCGCACAGCAGACACAAGAGCUUCUCGAUGGGAAGAAGGAAGACUGAGAGCUUGUAGGUAGCCAGACCUGCAGGAUGAUGCAUCACUGGUCUGAAAGAAGAAUCUGCCCAGAGCUGUGAUUGGCUGGGCUUGACAGAAGAUUCACUGUUGGAUUUUAAGACAGCCACAUAUACCUGGUUGUUAUGGAGUUAUUUAUUUAUUUAAAGGGAAACCUUUCAGUUUACUCAUGUGAUUUGUAAAUAAAAGCUGUUUUCUGACAA